AGGAAGUCUGCGGACUGAGCUGACCCGUCUGGAGGCCGGCAAGUUGGAGUGCUCUUGGGAGCUGAAGACUGGGAAUGCCUGGCCGGGAAGAGGCUGCUCCCUAUGCGUGGGCUUUGGGUGCCAUGUGACCAGGGAGGCACACAGAUGAUGUAGAGAUUUUCUUGGAUCCCAGACAAAGAUUGAGAGAGAACCAGACAUCAAAAGGGGGAGAAGUGGUCCUGAGCCUCCUGUCACCAUGUCUGGAUCAGCCCAGCCCGUGACGCAGACCUGGAGAUCCUCGGAGCCCCGCUACCCUCCUCAUGCCAUUUCUUACCCAGUCCAGAUUGCCCGGCCACAUUCAGACGUGGGGCUCCUGGAGUAUCAACAUCAUCCCCGGGAGUAUGCUCCCCACCUGUCCCCCGGAUCGCUCGUCCAGCCCCAGCGCAGACGGCCAUCCCUGCUUUCUGAGUUCCAGCCUGGGAAUGAGAGGUCCCAGGAGUUACACCUGCGGCCAGAGUCCCAUUCUUACCUGCCUGACCUGAGCAAAUCUGAAAUCGAAUUUAUUGAGACGAAGAGGCCUCGGCUGGAGCUGCUACAGGAGCCGCUCCUUCGGCCCUCGCCCAUGCUGGCCCAGCACGGGGGGACAGAAGACCUCUCCAAGGACCGAGGCCUCACUGGCAAGCUGGAGCCCGUGUCACCAGUGAGCCCCGCCCACCCUGAAUCUGAGCUGGACCUCUUACCGCCCCGGCUGUCCAAGGAGGAGCUGAUCCAGAACAUGGACCGUGUGGACCGUGAGAUCACCAUGGUGGAGCAGCAGAUCUCCAAGUUAAAGAAGAAGCAGCAACAGCUGGAGGAGGAAGCCGCCACCCCAGAACCCGAGAAGCCGGUGUCCCCUCCGCAAUUGAGUCCAAACACCCGCAGCCUGGUGCAGAUCAUCUAUGAUGAGAAUCGGAAGAAAGCUGAAGCUGCCCAUCGGAUCCUGGAAGGCCUAGGCCCUCAAGUAGAACUGCCAUUAUACAACCAGCCCUCAGACACCAGGCAGUAUCAUGAAAACAUUAAAAUAAACCAAGCGAUGCGGAAGAAGCUCAUCCUGUACUUUAAGAGGAGAAACCACGCUCGGAAGCAGUGGGAGCAGAAGUUCUGCCAGCGCUAUGACCAGCUGAUGGAAGCCUGGGAGAAGAAGGUGGAGCGCAUUGAGAACAACCCGCGCCGGCGCGCCAAGGAGAGCAAGGUCCGCGAGUACUAUGAGAAACAGUUUCCAGAGAUCCGGAAGCAGAGGGAGCUCCAGGAACGGAUGCAGAGGGUAGGACAGAGGGGCAGUGGCCUGUCCAUGUCUGCGGCCCGAAGUGAGCACGAAGUGUCAGAGAUCAUCGACGGGCUCUCGGAACAAGAGAAUCUGGAGAAGCAGAUGCGCCAGCUGGCCGUGAUCCCCCCGAUGUUGUAUGAUGCUGACCAGCAGCGGAUCAAGUUCAUCAACAUGAAUGGCCUUAUGGACGACCCCAUGAAGGUCUAUAAGGACCGGCAGGUGAUGAACAUGUGGAGCGAGCAGGAGAAGGAUACCUUCCGGGAGAAGUUCAUGCAGCACCCCAAGAAUUUUGGCCUCAUCGCCUCGUUCCUCGAGAGGAAGACGGUGGCAGAGUGUGUCCUCUAUUACUACCUGACCAAGAAGAAUGAGAACUACAAGAGCCUAGUGAGACGCAGCUACAGGAGGCGUGGGAAGAGCCAGUGGUCUUUCCCCUGUGUCAUGCUGGGUUUGUUCAGUAGGCCACUUCGCUGCAUGCACAUGGAGGUUGUUUCCCGGGCAGUGACCUCAGCUGCUGAGAGCGCUCCCAGUGUGGACAUCCCCCUCCCCAGCGCCGGUGUGCAGGUUGCUCCAUCUCUCCUGCGAUGUUUCCUGCUAGUGAAGAGUGUCAGUUUGGAGCUGAGGGGCCGGGCGUACUCUGGAGCCGACCCAGCCUGCCCGCCCACUCGGCUGUCCCAAGGACCCCUGGUGGAGCCAACCAAUCAUGCUCACCUCUCUGAGCAUAGGACGACUCUUGGCCCAAAGCAUCAACUGCCCCAAUGGGCAGGCAGGACUCCCCAGCUAUCAGAAAGGCAGAUCCAGCCCCUGCUCUCAAGGAGCUUACAGCCUAACAGGGAGAUGGCACGCUAUCGUACAGAUAAGCCGGGGACAUGGAGAUGGUCGGCUGGGGAGGUUACCGGCAUUAGGGGAGGCUGGGAGGCUGGGCAGCGGGACUGGAGCCAGGAAAUGCAGAGGAGGAGGAAGGAUGUGCCAGAUGAAUCACUGUCGGCGACGGUGGCAGCCUCAGCCAGCCCCGAGCGCACCCGUACAUUGCAAAAUCAGAGCAGGAAUGUUGUGGUCAGUUUACGGCUUAACUAUGCAAAUCGCCAGGAAGGCGCAGGGAGCCCCGAGAAUGGGAGCAGACGGCGCUGGGGUGCGGGCCUUCCAGCAGGAGGAGGAGGCGCCCGCGCCGGCCGCGCAGCCUGCCCGAUGGGGCUCAGUGGAAGUGGAGGCACCCGUGAGGCGCAGGGGGGCUUCCUGCUCAGCCAGCAGCAGCAGCAGCAGCAGCAGCAGCAGAUGCCCCGCAGCAACCCAGAGGAGAAGGAGGAGAAGGAGAAGGAGAGGGAGGCCGAGAAGGAGGACGACAAACCAGAGGCAGAGAACGACAAAGAAGAGCUGACCAAGGAGAAGACAGAUGACACCUCUGGAGAGGACAAUGAUGAAAAGGAGGCAGUCACUUCCAAAGGUCGAAAAACUGCCAACAGCCAGGGCAGACGCAAAGGCCGCAUCACCCGCUCAAUGGCCAACGAGGCGAACAACGAAGAGGCGGCUACACCUCAGCAGAGCGCAGAACUGGCUUCCUUGGAAAUGAAUGAGAGUUCUCGCUGGACCGAGGAAGAGAUGGAUACUGCUAAAAAAGGUCUCCUGGAACAUGGGCGGAACUGGUCAGCCAUCGCCAGGAUGGUGGGGUCCAAAACAGUGUCCCAGUGUAAGAACUUCUACUUCAACUACAAGAAGAGACAGAAUUUGGAUGAGAUCCUUCAGCAGCACAAGUUAAAAAUGGAGAAGGAAAGAAAUGCUCGACGGAAGAAGAAAAAAGCCGCAGCCGCGCCUAGCGAGGAGACCACCUUCCCUCCCGUGGUGGAGGACGAGGAGAUGGAGGCAUCUGGGAUGAGCGGCAAUGAGGAAGAGAUGGCGGAGGAGGCAGAUGCUGCAGUUAACAACAGCUCUGACACGGAGAGUAUCCCUUCCCCUAGGGACGGAUGCCAAAGAGAGUGGCCCAGAGUGGGCCGAAGCCAGCACCAGCCCAGGGCAGUGAGGCGGGGGUGGCGGCGGAGCCCCCCUCCAAGACAGAGGAGCUGCCCCUGGCACCCCAGCCCCUCCAGAUGCCUCCGCUCCCUCUGUGCUCCCCACCGACCCACCAGCCCCCGCCACACCUGGCCCCGCAGCAGCCCCUGCUGCUCAGGCAGCCCCCGAAGAGGCCAGCCAGGACCCCAGCGAGGAGGAGAAGCCCUCCGAGGACCUGGUGGUCGACGUGGUAAAGACAGAAGAGGAGGAGGAAGAGGGGGGCAGCAGAAAUACCCCCGCAACGAGGCCAUCCAGAAGGAGAUCAAGAAGGAGGCUGAGGAGGAGGGCGCGGAAAAGGCCACGGUGGGGGAGAAGAAGGAGGAGGCUGGCGGAAGCGGAGGGGCCGGGGCCUCUGGGCCCGCCACGGCGGAGGGCUCGCUGAAAGUGGAGAAGAAGGAGGGAGGCAAGGCCACCAAGGGCGCGGGGGCCAACCCAGACAGCGACUCAAGCGCCACAUGUAGCGCCGACGAAGCGGACGAGCAGGAGGCUGCCGACAAAAACAGGCUCCUGUCCCCCCGGCCCAGCCUCUUAAACAGCUCCUCCGAUGCCAGGGCCAACCCUUCACCUCAGAAGCCCCUGGACCUCAAACAGCUGAAGCAGAGAGCGGCCGCCAUCCCCCCUAUUCAGGUCACCAAAGUCCAUGAGCCUCCACGGGACGAAGUGACCCCAGGAAAGCCGGCCCCUCCACCUCAGCAUCUUCUCCAGGCAGACAGUGAACAGCCCCAGCUGAGCAGCAGUCCCCGGGGCCAGAGCCGGAGCCCUGCUGUGGGGGAGAAGGACGAAAAGCCGGUGUAUUUCCCCCCCUUCUCGGAGGGCCAGAAGCUGAGUGGGGAGCCUCCUCCGUGCUGGCCCCCGGCCCUGCCUUUCCCGGUGCCUUCUCGAGACAUGCUCAAGGGCUCCCCGCAGCUGGAGCCUCCCACCUUCCAGUACAACCCUCCAAGUCACCCAAUCUCUCUGAACCUGCAUGACGGCUCCAGGUCCGGCCUGCAGAGAGUGCCCGGCAUCUCCAACCCACCCCCCCUCAUCUCUUCUACCAAGCACCCCGUUGUCCUGGAGAGGCCUGUGAGCUCCCAGGGAGUUCCGAUUCAGCUACACGCCCCUUACUCUGAACACGCCAAAGCUCCCGUGGGCUCCAUCACCAUGGGUCUGCCUUUGACCAUGGACCCAAAAAAACUGGUGCCUUUCCCUGGAGUGAAGCAGGAGCAGCUCUCUCCGAGGAGCCAGGCCAGCCAGCCCGAGACCCUGGUGAUGCCAGCGACCCAGGAGACAUCAGUGCUGAGAGGGACAACCCUGGGCUCUGCUCCGGGAGGAAGCAUCACCAAAGGCAUCCCCAGCAGCCGGCCACCCUCGGAAAGCCCAAUCACCUACCGAGGCUCCAUUACGCACGGCACCCCGGCUGAUGUCCUCUACAAAGGAACCAUCACCAGGAUAAUCGGAGAAGACAGCCCCAGCCGAGUGGACAAAGGCAGAGAGGACGGCCUGCCAAAGGGACACGUCAUCUACGAAGGGAAGAAGGGGCACGUCCUUUCCUACGACGGGGUGAUGUCGGUAUCUCCGUGCUCUAAGGAGGAUGGAAAUGGCUCGGGAGCGACCCACGAGACAUCUGCCUCCAAGCGCACUUACGACAUGAUGGAGGGGCGCAUCGGCGUGGCUCUCCACCAGCAUUGAAGUUGUUCUUCCCCUUUCUUAGGUCUCAUGGGCCGAGAUCCACCAGACCGGCACAGCCCCCACCACCUGAAGGAGCAGCACCAGUCGGGCUCGAUCACACAAGGUAUACCUCGGUCCUACGUGGAGGCCCAGGAAGACUACCUGCGGAGGGAAGCCAAGCACCUGAAGAGAGAGAGCACUCCGCCUCGGGACCUGCCCGACCCCUACAAAGUGCGGCCCCUGGAGGGGCUGACCCCCAUGAAGAUCAAGGGGCACGAGGGCCUGGUGGCAACUGUGAAAGAAGCAGGCCGCUCCAUCCACGAGAUCCCUCGCGAGGAGCUCCGACACACACCCGACCUCCCCGGCCCCCCGAGGCCCCUUAAGGAGGGCUCCAUCACCCAGGGCACUCCCUUGAAAUACGACAGCGGUGGCUCCUCGGGCAGCUCCAAGAAGCACGAUGUGCGCUCCAUCAUCGGCAGCCCCAGCAGGACGUUCCACCCCGUGCACCCCCUCGAUGUGAUGCAGGAUCCCCGGGCCAUGGAGCGCUGCUACGAGGAGACUCUCAAGAGCCGGCCAGGCUCCGUCACCAGCUCUGGGGGCUCCAUCACCCGCGGGGCGCCCGUGAUCGUGCCAGAGCUGGGGAAGCCCCGCCAGAGCCCCCUGGCCUACGAGGACCACGCAGCGGCUUUCGGUGGCCAUCUGCCCCGGGGCUCUCCUGUGUCUACACGGGAGUCCACGCCCCGGCAGCAGGACGGAAGUCUCUCAGCCAGCAAGGGAUCCCAGGAGAGGAAGAUCACAGCAACCCCUCGGGAGCUUGCUAGCUCCAAGUCUCCGCACACCGUAGUGCCGGACCACCACCCACACCCCAUGUCUCCCUAUGAGCACUUACUCAGAGGCGUGAGCAGCGUGGACUUGUACAGGGGACACAUUCCGCUGGCUUUUGAUCCCACUUCCAUCCCCCGGGGAAUCCCCCUGGAUGCAGCUACUGCCGCUUACUACUUACCCCGGCACCUGGCCCCAAACCCCACCUACCCACACCUCUACCCGCCGUACCUCAUUCGUGGCUACCCGGACACCACAGCCAUGGAGAACAGGCAGACCAUUAUCAACGACUACAUCACGUCCCAGCAGAUGCAUCACAACGCCGCCGCAGCCACCGCCAUGGCCCAGAGAGCUGACCUCAUCCGCAGGGAGUCGUCCCUGGCCCUCAACUAUGCAGCCGGCCCCCGGGGCAUCAUCGACCUGUCCCAAGUGCCGCACCUGCCAGUGCUGGUGCCCCCCACGCCAGGCACCUCUGCCACCUCCAUUGACCGGAUCACAUACAUCCCCACUGCCCCCCCCUUCGCCACCAGACCCAGCCCCUCACCGCUAUCUCCAGGAGGCCCCACACACAUCUCUAAACCUCCAGGGACAUCUUCCUCCGAGAGGGAGCGAGACCGGGAGCGAGAUCGAGAUCGAGAUCGAGAACGGGAGCGAGAGCGGGAGCGGGAGCGGGAGAGGGAGCGGGAGAGGGAGCGGGAGCGAGAGCGGGAGAAGUCUGUGCUCACAACCACCACAACUGUGGAGCAUGCCCCUAUCUGGAGGCCAGGUACGGAGCCAAGCAGCAGCAGCAGCAGCAGCAGUGGCGGCGGCGGUGGUGGCGGCAGCCGGCCGGCCUCCCAUUCCCACAGCCACCAGCAUUCGCCCAUUUCCCCCCGGACCCAGGAGAACAUCCAGCAGAGACCUAGUGUGCUCCACAACACGAGCAUGAAGGGUAUCAUCUCCUCAGUGGAGAGCCUCACACCCACUGUGCUACGGUCCUCCUCUGCCACCUCACCAGUACGCUCCGCAGGCUUCCCGCCUGCCCCGCACUGCCCGCUGGGCGCCAUGGACGGGGGCUACCCCACCAUCAUUGACCCCACCGUCCUCCAGAAGGAGGCCUCCCGGGCUCCGCGGUCAGAGCGCCCCCGCUUGGAAAGCAACCCCUUCAUGCCCAAGCACCCAGGCCGGGCAGGGCUGGAGCCACCGCCAUCCCCCAACAAAGCGACCGAGCCCAGGUCGGUGGCAUCCUCGGGGCCCGGCUCGGGCUCCAGCUCGGGCCACUCGUCCGGCCGAGGAUCGGGCAAGGGCCACGCGGCCCACCCCCUGCUGGAGUCACAGCCCCCGCACCCGGCCUCGGCCAGCGAGCCUCACAGAGACAAGGCUCAGGGCAAGUCAUUCGCCAUGCAGGACCUGGACAUCCGGGCCCUGGGUUCCUUGAAAUUGUCUGAGAACCCCCACGCCCGGCAGCCCCCAGAGAGCCAACAGUCACCCGGGCAGCCGAUGUCUUCUUCUGUGGUCAAGGGUCACCAGCGGGUGGUUACUCUAGCCCAACACAUCAGCGAGGUGAUCACCCAAGACUACACCCGCCACCACCCACAGCAGCUCAACUCUCACCUCCCGGCCCCUCUCUACUCCUUUCCUGGGGCCAGUUGCCCCGUGCUGGACUUACGCCGGACGCCCAGUGAGGUCUACCUCCCCCAGCCGGACCAUGGUGCCGCCUCCCGCAUCUCCCCCCAGAGCGAAGGAGGCAAGAGGUCUCCGGAGCAGGGCAAAGCCUCUGCCCUGGGCAGCUCAGAAGAUUGCAUUGAGCCAGUAUCCCCACCAGAGGGCAUGGGGGAGUCUGACCAUGGCCGAAGUGCCCCUUACCCAAUGUUGUACCGCGAGGGAGAGCAGGCGGAGCCCAGGGUGGGAUCCAAGUCUCCAGGGAACAACGGCCAGCCCCCUGCCUUCUUCAGCAAACUGACCGAGAGCAACUCCGCCAUGGUGAAAUCCAAAAAACAGGAGAUCAACAAGAAAAUGGGCACCAACAACCGGAAUGAGCCUGAGUACAAUAUCGGCCAGCCUGGAACAGAGAUCUUCAACAUGCCCGCCAUCACCGGAGCAGGCCUUAUGACUUGUAGAAGCCAGUCGGUUCAGGAGCACGCGAGCACCAACAUGGGGUUGGAAGCAAUUAUUAGGCGGGCCCUAAUGGGUAAAUAUGAUGAUCAGUGGGAAGACCGGUCACCUCUCAGUGCCAAUGCUUUUAACCCUCUGAAUGCCAGUGCGAGCCUGCCCGCUGCUAUGCCCAUAACUGCUGCUGACGGACGGAAUGACCACCCGCUCAUCUCGCCAGGAGGUGGAGGGAAACCAAAGGUUUCCAGCCGGCCCAACAGGAGCAAGGCCAAGUCCCCGGCUCCGGGGCUGUCCUCGGGGGAGCGGCCAGCAUCAGUCUCCUCUGUCCACUCAGAAGGGGAUUGUAACCGCAGGACCCCACUCACCAACCGGGUGUGGGAAGACCGCCCCUCCUCCGCAGGUUCCACACCGUUCCCCUACAACCCACUCAUCAUGAGGCUCCCGACAAACGUCAUCACCCCCUCGCCCCCCACAGCCAUUCCACAAGGCGCCUCCGGCAGCCAGCACCAUGCCUGGGACGAGGAGCCCAAGCCCCUGCUUUGUUCGCAGUACGAGACCCUCUCAGACAGCGAGUAAAGGAGGGGGCGGGGUGGAUGGGGAGAGGAGGGAUCGCCAUGGCCCGAGAGCCCGCUGUGGACUCGGCCAAAGCCAACUGGUUUGGUGGACAUCGAGGAUGAAGCCGGUCGACCGCCUUCCUCUCCCCCCCCAAAUCCCCCCCUCCCGUUCCCUGAGGGUACAGGAAGGAGUGCCCAGAGUGUCUGCGUCUGUCCGUCUGGAAGUCCUGUGUCCUCUUCGGCCCAAAGCCUUAACAAAUCCCCAUUGCCGUGAGGGCAGAAACCCCAGCUGGUAAGAGAGGCGCCGGCCGCGGGGGGUAGUUCGGCCCACUGCCCGCACUGCAUAAACAGAGAGGAGAACAUCUCUCUCCCCCUCUGCCUCCCCCCCGCCCCUGUGCUCACCAUCGCUGUCCAGGCCCACAGGAGGCCACGGGCCCACGAAUGGAAUGGACUUUCUCAGGGGAACAAUACCAUCUGGUGCUCCACGCCUCCUCUUCAGACUGGGGAGGGGCAGGGGAAGGGAGAAAGGCUCGACGUCCGUGUCUGAAUGCAGUGCAUGUCACAGUGGGGUAGGAUGGGAGGGGAGGUGUCCAUGGACGGGCUGCACCGGCACAGUGGAGUGGCCAGGGAUCCAGUACUUGAAGUGGGAUGGCCAUUCGCUCUCCUCUUACCGCGCUCCUUUCCCGGUGUCAACCAGCAAACCAGCUACAUCUGUUCCCCCCCCAGCCCCCAAACCCUGUAAUUUCCCCCCAGUCUGGGACAAUACACCGGCUCCACUGCUCCCUUGCAGCAUUCAGAACCAAAGUUCGAUCCGUGUCAGCAGACUCCGCUCACCCCCAGCUCCUGGAUUCUCCCAGAGCCCGCCACCAUCGCAGCUUUGAGAUCCCAUCUGUGGACUCUGGGGCCCCGGCCAUCCUUCAUGCUCACCCCCUCUGGAUCUAAUGAAGAUCGCCUUCGCUAAAUAAAACUCAGCCUCGGGAAACCCAAUGCCAAAUUGCAGGCCUGGGAAGUGAGUGUCAGGCCGUGUGGGGGCAGCCGGAAAGACGGCCCGCAGAGCACAGAAAAGUCGCGGGCGGGCCGCCCCCCACCGCCGCUGCUCCGCAGAGAGUAGACUGAUUUUCGGACAUCGUUGCUGAAACGGUGGGAAGGAAAGGCAGUUGUAAAUGAUGUACUGGUCUACAGGGUAUAUUUUUGAUACCUUCAGUGAAUUAUUUCAGAUGUUUUACGUGAGGAAUGACUAAACAGUAUUACAGGCUG